AGAUGACACUUCCGUUCGAUCGGCACUUAUUGCCUGCCUGCCGGCUGGCGGUAGGUUAGGAAAUCUCAUCCGCACGGUACCGCCGGCAGGAGAAUUGUUUUGAAAACAACGCGCUACAAUGCCGCCGAAAAAGGACGCAAAGGGUGGUGGAAAAGCUGCCCCAGCUAAGGGUGGAUCGGGUGGCAAGAAGGGCGGUGGUGGUGCUGCUGAGGAAGGAGCAGCAAAGGAGAAAAAGGGUGGUUCGGCGGUGAAAGUACGACACAUUCUUUGCGAGAAGCAAGGCAAAAUAAUGGAAGCACUGGAGAAGCUAAAGGAGGGCCAGGCGUUCAAUGUGGUUGCGACAAACUACAGCGAAGACAAGGCACGACAGGGAGGUGAUCUUGGCUGGCAGAUUCGUGGUGCCAUGGUGGGACCGUUCCAGGACGCAGCUUUUGCGCUUCCCAUUUCCACCACCAACGCUCCGAAGUACACGGAUCCUCCCAUCAAGACCAAGUUCGGAUACCACAUCAUAAUGGUGGAAGGCAAGAAGUAGGAUAAAUAAAUGCUUUCUAUAUUUUCACUUC